UUUUAAAGAAACCGAGGCCCUCAUUGCAAAAUUUGAUGUUCUGCGUAUCAUUUGUUCUUCUCCCCUAGAAAUAGACCGAGGUCUUGUCUGCAAAAGCUUGGUCUGAAACUCUAAAUUCAUUGUUGAUGGAUCAGAAUAUCUCACCACUGGACUUUCCCGUUCACCACAAGCAGUUCUCUCUUGACAUCCAGGUUUUUUUCCUAUGCUUUCGCAUUGUUUUUUUUUGUUCUUUUCAUUUUUAUGUUUUUCCACUGUAUCCCCCACGAUGAUAUUGAAGCUGGAAAGACAUACGUGUCUAGAAGCUAAACACAGCUCAUCCUGUUUCUGAAAUGUCUGAGCAAAUACUCAAUUUUAGUCCAUUUUAUGUGUGAUAAAAACUAUGCGCGCCAAGUGUUUGAUGUAUUGUGUCGCAUUGUUCUCUUGUAUCGCCCCAGUAGAAAUUCAUAUAGCCGCGGCCCAACAGUUUCUUUUCUUCUCAAAUUUGAUUUCUUUUUAUUUGUCUACUCAGGGGAAUAAAACAGAUAUCAUCAUAUGUAGUUACGAAGACCAUUUUCUUGUCAUUGCAACUCAAAUAGGAAGCAUGGGGACCAUACUGCAUGCCCGGAAGGAGGAAGGGAUGACGACGGAACCAAACUUUAGUGUGUCUGUUGUGCUGGGAAAACGUGAUGAGGUAUUGCUAUUAGCUUGUGCUAGACAGAUUAUUGAACAUAUAAGUUCAUCAGGAUCUUCUAGGUCUUUGGUUCUCUCACUUGGCUUGAAAGAUCAUUCUAUGAGCACUCUGAAGAGCAUUGUUUCCACUGUGAAGGAAAGCCGUGUUUGGUAAUCUCACAUGUGGUUUAUUCACUUAGUUUCUUAAAAUCUUGACAAGGCUGUAUCUGUAGACAAAUUUCAUCACAUUAUGAAAUGUUUACAUUGCAUCAUUCAAUAGUCAAUACAAACAUUUAUGUUGUUAUGUGAUGUUCUAUAAACACUAUAUAUUGCUUCCUCCAUCCCUACCAAACUAAAAAUGGGUUCGCGCACUUUUGUCCGCUCAAAUAAAAUCACGUUUAAUCCCCAAAGGUGUUAC